AUGCAGGGGCAGGUGGUACACCUGCAGUGUGGUCCUUGCGUCCGCAGGGAUUAUGAAACUCUCGCGACUCUUGCACGGACCAGUCGUGUAUUUCAUGAACCUGCGCUGGACAUCCUUUGGUCUUACCAGGCAGAUCUUAGUAACCUCGUCAAGUGUUUCCCUUCUGACUCGUGGAUAGAAAUUCCAGGCGUAGACGGUGCUCCCACUUCUCUCACUUUCAUGCGACCGUUGUUACCAAUCGACUUCACGCGAUUUGACCAAUAUGCCUUCCGCGUCAGAGAGUUAUGCUUCAAGCCAUUUCGCAAGGGUGUGCCCGUGAUGUAUCCAUCGGUGGAGCUUCUGAGGUCUCUCAUCUUGUAUCUGCCGUCCAGGCCACUUCUACCAAACCUCCGUGCCAUCGUCUGGGACCACGGACCAAUCGGGAACGGCGCCUUCCCUUUCUGCCAGUUAUUCCUGGGGGCAAAUAUCAAGAUUAUGUCAUGGCGAUCCACAAAUCCCGCCUCAGACCUUGUCGUUGCGUAUGCGUUGCUGCAGCAGCAACAGCUUUCACCUUGUGCUCACCGCAUCUCGAUGGAGCUGCUGAGUUUCCCUGACAUCCUAGUGAAGGCACCCGGUGUGCUCAACGGGUUCAAAGAGCUCCGCUCUUUCUCAUGUAUCUCCCCCGCACCACUCCCUUACGAGCUCUUCGGCCACCUGGCACAGCUGCCCCGUCUAUACCGACUGCUCUUAUCUUCGCGUGGGGACGACCUUGUCAUCCUCCCAAAGGAUCCUGCUCCACCCAUUGCAUUCCCAGCGUUAAUGCAUCUUUCUGUCAGCGCCGUCUCAAUCAAGGCAUGCGCCGCGCUCCUGACCGCUACAACAUUUCCCUCCAUAACAAAUCUCAGAGUGACCGCCUACCACACCAACACAAUUUCUCCGCUGCUAGAAGCCAUUCAGAAACAAUGCUCACAUGUGACCCUCGAGUCCCUUACCAUCUCCGGGCUGAAGCCUCCGGGGACAGCCGCUCCAGCGAGCACCGCGCCCCUCGCGUGCCUGCACGCCUUUUGCAGCCUGCGUGAACUCACGCUCGACACACUGGAGCGCCCGCUCGCGCUGGACGACGAUGCGUUGCGCGGGAUGGCGCUCGCAUGGCCUCAGCUGGGCUCGCUGAAUCUCAUCGGUACGCGCAGCAGGGGCGCCCAGACCGCCGUGACCCUCGACGCCCUCGUUACGCUCGUGCGACACUGCCCGCACCUAGUGACGCUGCAGAUCCCGCUGAGCGCGGCACACACACAGAUGACACCAGGGCGCCGGCCUGGCGGUGGGUAUGUGAACGGCAAUAUUCAAUCACUGCACCUCGACGCGUCUUCCGCGGGCGAUGCGGCCGAGGUGGCAGCGUUCCUGUCGGACUUGUUCCCUAAUCUGCGGAUGAUUCGCCCUUAUGUGACUGGGGAGCCGAGUCUCGAUUGGAAGCUGUUGGAGAAGCUGCUGCCUACAUUUGCAGCUGUGCGGACACAGGAGAGGACUCCGUUGGAAGACGAGUGA